GCCGGCCUGUAGGGGGCGCGGCCGCGGGCGAGGCGGGAAGGCCGAGCCGGUGGUGCGAAAACGCGUUUGAUCUUGGACCCCGCCGCUGUCCGUAGCCGGCCUCCCAACAUGGCAGCUCCCCAAGACGUCCACGUCCGGAUCUGUAACCAAGAGAUUGUCAAAUUCGACCUGGAGGUGAAGGCGCUUAUUCAGGAUAUCCGCGAUUGUUCGGGACCCUUAAGCGCACUUACCGAACUGAACACUAAGGUGAAAGAGAAGUUUCAACAGUUAAGACACAGAAUACAGGAGCUCGAGCAGUCAGCUAAAGAGCAAGACAGAGAGUCGGAGAAGCAGCUUCUACUGCAGGAGGUGGAGAGCCACAAGAAGCAGAUGCUCAGCAAUCAGACCUCAUGGAGGAAAGCAAAUCUCACGUGCAAAAUGGCCAUCGACAAUCUGGAGAAGGCACAGCUUCUCCAGGGAGGCGAGCUCUUGAGGCAAAGGAAAACCACUAAAGAGAGCCUGGCCCAGACGUCUAGCGCCAUCACCGAGAGCCUCAUGGGCAUCAGCAAGAUGAUGUCGCAGCAGGUGCAGCAGAGUGAGGAGGCCAUGCAGACUCUAGUUAACUCUUCACGCACCAUCCUGGAUGCCAACGAGGAAUUCAAGUCCAUGUCGGGGACCAUCCAGCUGGGCCGGAAGCUCAUCACCAAGUACAACCGCCGGGAGCUGACGGACAAGCUGCUCAUCUUCCUCGCCCUGGCGCUCUUCCUCGCCACAGUCCUCUACAUCGUGAAGAAGCGGCUCUUCCCUUUCCUGUGAGCUGCCUGAAGCUCCUACCUCAGGGUCUGCCCCGGCUCCUGGCUUCCUGCCCCGGCUGCCAGCCCAAGCCACCCCACUUAGUUGGCCUGGUUGCUCAGCAGGUUUGAGAGCAAGUGCCCUAGCUGUCUCGGGUGGGAGGGCUUUGAGCCACAAUAGCUGGGAGCCUGUCCACCCUUGGGCACCAUCCAAAGAGACCUAUGGGAGACAGGCACUCCCUGCUCUCCAUGCUGCCAUGACUGAGGGUGGGCAGAUCCCAGCUGUAGGAUUUAAGACUCGUCUCUCCCUCUGCCCACCUCCAGGGCCGGAUCUGGUGGAGGGACGAUGGGCAGAAGGCUGAGAGACUCAUUCCAGCUCCGUGAAUAAAUGUGACUAUUUAAUAGAA